AUGAGCGAGGAACAAUGCAAGGAGUUACGAAAGAGAAGACGAUAUAUAAAGGCCAAGCAAACAAAUAUCGUGAAAUUCGCGGAGAGAGUGCUCCAUAAGCAAAUAUCGCCGGAAUUUGAAACAUUGACGAUUCACGCCGACAGGCUGGAGAAAAUUCACAAGGAAUUCGAAGAGAUUCAGCAACAAUUACUGGUCGCCGUUGAAGAAGAAGAGUUUCCAGCGGAGGAUCAGCGAGAGGACGACGAAUUCGAAGCCCGGUACAUCGAUCUCAAGGCAUUUUUAACAAAAAAGAUUGCAAUUCUAAGGCCGACUACAAGCACGGCGACAGACGCUAACGAUGCAAUGGUGCGCAUACUGGAGCAACAGACCGAAGUGUUAAGGAGUUUAGGAUCUUCAAGCGCAUCGCGGGGAACAUCCAACGUAGAACACAAGGUCAAACUGCCGACGAUAAAACUUCCAAGUUUUUCGGGCGAAAUGCACGAGUGGAAGCGAUUCUCUGAUUCCUUUACAACGUUAAUUCACGACAGUGAUUUAUCACCAUUGGAAAAGCACCAAUAUCUAAACGGAGCAUUAACAGGGAGAGCCGCAAAGGUCGUGGAGUCCAUCGAGAUUUCAGCUGAAAAUUAUGAGAUAGCGUGGUCGUUGUUGAAAGCCCGUUACGAGGACGAGAAAGCGUUGAGACGACGACACAUACAAUGUUUGUUUGACGCACCGAAGGUCGAACAGGAAUCGGCCGUGGCAAUCCAGGAAUUGAUCGAUGUAUACCGAAAACAUUUACGAAUCGUAAAGGCGAGAGAUUCGGAUGUUGAACCCUGGGGUGAUGCCUUCGUUAUUUUUAUGAUCGAGGAGAGGCUGGACAAGGCCACACGUCGUCAUUGGGAGGAGACCACGGAGCAAAAACAAGAAAUAACAAUUGAUAUGUUGUUCAAAUUUUUGCAGCGGCGAGUGCAGAUGCUCGAACGGCUAAAUGAGUCGAGCCAGGGUCAGUCGAUUUCCGAGGAAGUUAAGAGUAAUAGAAGGAAGGCCGGAAGGAGCGGCGCCGCGGGUAAUGCCAGGGCCUUUGGGCGACUCGACUCUGCAAGUUCGGCGGGACAACUCAAGGUCAAUUCGACGAAUGCAGCAAUUAGCCUAGCUACGGUGACAGGUUCGGGACGAUGCUAUGUAUGUAAGGGAGCUCAUCUCAUAUAUUCAUGCGAUAAAUUUGUAAAUCUGACCGCGCGAGAACGAAUCGAUCUCAUAAAGAAAUUGAAACUUUGCUUUAAUUGCUUGAGAAAUGAUCAUUUAGUCGGAAAUUGUAAGGCGAGUUCUUGUAGGACAUGCGGUAGGCGGCACAACACAUUGUGCCACGUGGAGGAGAAUAACUCUAUUGUAGAGCGAUCCGCGAAUUCCGAAUCAAAAUCCGUUAGAAGCGAGAAUAAUCAAAGCGAAGGAUCGAGCGUGAAUCUGUCUGUGCAUCAUGCGUCGGGCGGCACGCGUCCGAGUCAGAUUUUAAUGGCGACCGCCAUAGUAAAUGCUACGGGUUCUGGCGGGAUGCGGCAGUCGGUUCGCGUUUUACUCGAUAGUGCUAGUGAGGCCAAUUUCAUAACCGCGGCAGCUUGUUCAAGGCUGAAUGUAAACCCUGAGAACGUUCAAGAGGCAAUCACGGGAAUAAACAAUUUAACAUAUAAAGUAACAAAGGGUUGUCGAGUCACAGUCGAGUCACGUGUAACGGACUACCAAUUAUCUGUUUUUUGUUUGAUCGUACCACAAAUUACACGAAAUGUGCCUGCUGUCGCGGUCGACACAAAGAAUCUAUCCGUGACAAACAAUUUGAAGUUGGCUGACAAUACAUAUUUCCGUCCGAGUCAGGUAGAUAUACUGAUAGGAGGAGAGUUUUUCUUGAGUCUAUUAGAACCUCAAAAGAUCGAGCUCGGCGCGAGUUUGCCAUCACUGCAUGACACGAAACUCGGCUGGAUCAUUUCGGGUCCGGCUCCGGUACAAUGCGUAGCAAAUAAUGGAGUAAAUCUCCACGUGUGUCUAAGCGCGCAAUUGUCGUUGGACAGAUCGAUAGUCAAGUUUUGGGAGAUCGAAGAUUGUUCGAGUCGCGACGUGGUAUUGACCGAGGAGGAACAAGCGUGCGAGAAGUUUUUUCAGGAGACCCAUGCUCGAGAUAGAGAUGGUAGAUUUGUUGUUCAAUUGCCCUUUCGUAAAAACAAGCAUAAACUGGGUGAAUCGAGAUCUAUUGCCGAAAAGCGGCUAAUGUAUUUAGAGCGAAAAUUCAGAAGUAACGAAUCGUUUAGACGGUCAUACGUCGGGUUCAUGCGAGAGUACAUUGACCUAAGGCACAUGACAGUUGCUCCGCCGAUGUCAACAAUGAGCUCGCAUGUUGUUUAUUUGCCUCACCACGGAGUGUAUCGAGAUUCUGACAAGAAAAUACGUGUUGUAUUCGAUGCCUCCUGUAAAACGAAAUCAGGCGUAUCAUUAAACGAUACGUUGAUGGUCGGAGCAAUUUUGCAAGAUUCUUUAAUUAAAAUAAUAUUACGAUUUCGGAUACACCCUAUAGUAAUAACAGCUGAUUUGCAAAAAAUGUACAGGCAGAUUCUCGUCCAUGAUCGCGAUCGGGAUUGUCAACGAGUUUUGUGGCGAUUUUCACCAGACGAUACGAUACAGGAGUAUCGUUUAAAUACCGUUACAUAUGGUCAAUCGUGCGCGCCAUUUUUAGCGAUAAGAAGCGUGCGACAAUUAGCGAGCGAGAACGCGGCGCGAUAUCCGCGAGCGGCACAAGCGUUGCUGCAGGAUUUAUAUGUGGACGAUGUGUUGACGGGCGUGAACGACAUUGCGGAAGCGAAAUGUUUGAUAGCAGAAAUGGUUGCAUUGUUAAAGUUAGGGCAAUUUGAAUUACACAAGUGGCGAUCGAGUAGAGCUAAGGAAUUGUUCGAUGCGAGCGGUGAGGUUGCCGAGUUUCAGACGAUAACGGAUGAGCGGGACGAUGAUAAAACCCUGGGCAUUCGAUGGGCGCCUCAGACUGACAAUUUUCAUUUUAAAUCGACUGCCAUGCCUGAUGCACGAACUAAGCGACAAUUAUUAUCAUCUAUUUCAAAGUUAUUUGAUCCAUUGGGACUAGCGAGCCCGCUGGUGGUCAAAGCAAAAUCUAUUAUGCAAAGUACGUGGCAGUCAAGUCUUGGAUGGGAUGACGAGUUACCAAUCGAUUUGCAGAAGGCAUGGCUCGAUUACAUGGAAGAAUUAACAAGGUUUUGUGUGGUAAAGGUUCCGAGGCGAGUGGUGGGGAUCGCGAGUCCGGUGCGCGUCAAUUUACACGCGUUCUGCGAUGCCUCCGAGCGAGCAUACGGCGCGUGCGCGUAUGUACAGGCGAUAGAUGAAGCAAACCGAGUCGUCUCAAGAUUGUUGUGCGCAAAAUCUCGUGUGGCGCCGGUGAAAAAAUUGACAAUUCCGCGACUCGAGCUAUGUGGAGCGGUAAUAUUGGUCGAUUUAAUUCAAUUAAUUCUAGAUUCCUUGCCGAUUACGUUUCAUGGCGUAUACGCGUGGAGCGAUUCGACGAUUGUCCUUGCCUGGAUAGCAGGAGACGCGGGUCGACAAAAAACGUUUGUGGCUAACAGAGUUGCGAAAAUACAGGCGAUUUUGUCGGCCGAUCAUUGGAGACACGUAGCAGGCAAAGAGAAUCCGGCUGACUUGAUUUCUCGUGGCACCGGUUGCAAUAAUCCGGACACAAGUUCAUUGUGGUGGUCGGGCCCGCCGUGGCUUUCGGAGAUUGCUGCGCGUUGGCAGCAUCGCCCUCGAUUUCCGGAACCAUCCGAUCAGGAAUUAGAAAUUAUUGGAUCCGAGCAUAAAAGAGAAAUACAGGUAUGCGUGAAUCAGGCAACAUCUAGUUCUAUAAUAGAUGAAAUUUUGAGUAGGUUCUCGCUAUUGAUAAGAAUCGAGAGAAUCAUAGCAUGGUGUUAUCGGUUUAUAUCAAACGCAAGAAGCGGGACAAUCGAUAGAAAUUAUGCGAGUAUAUCGGUGGAGGAAUUGAAGUCGGCGCGUGUAAAAUUAGUCAAGCAUUGUCAAGGUCAGUUUUUCGAGAGAGAAAUGCGUUGUUUGUCUGGGAACCGGGGCCUCGAGGCAGGAAGCGCGUUAGUCGGUUUGAGCCCAUUUGUGGAUGAAAACGGAGUCCUCAGGGUGGGCGGCAGGUUGCAGAAGGCGGCUAUGGUAAAUUACAAUAAAAAGCAUCCCAUUCUAUUGCCCGCGAGAAGUCGAUUUACGGUUCUGUUGCUGGAGCGGGAGCAUCGGAGGAUGCUGCACGCGGGCCCACAAGCGCUGCUCUUUUCGAUUCGGGAGCAGUACUGGCCUUUAAACGGGCGCAAUUUGGCCCGCAAGGUGGUUCGUGAGUGUACCACCUGUUUUCGAGUCAAUCCUAAACCAUUAAAUCAAAUUAUGGGGUCGCUGCCGUCGGACAGGGUGGUUUGUCGACGGGCGUUCACCGUGGUAGGCGUAGAUUACGCGGGCCCACUCACUACGCUAAUGAGCAGAGGGCGAGGACAGAAAACUAACAAAUCAUACAUUGCUGUAUUUAUAUGCUUCUCGACGAAGGCAGUUCAUUUAGAAGCGAUAGGCGAUCUAACUACGGAUGCAUUUAUCGGUGCGUUGCGUCGAUUUGUGGGAAGGCGAGGUCAUCCACAAAAAAUAUAUAGCGAUAAUGCGACAAAUUUCGUGGGCGCGAGAAGAGAGCUAGGCGAAUUAUAUAAGGCGAUCAGAGGCGAAAUGUGCGAGUCGGUAAAUGAAUAUUGUACGUCUAGAAAUAUUCAAUGGCAUUUCAUCCCGCCUCAUGCCCCUCACAUGGGCGGACUAUGGGAGGCGGGAGUGAAAUCGUGUAAAUAUCACUUGAAAAGAAUUGUUGGUGAAACUCGGCUCACUUAUGAGGAGCUUAACACUGUAUUGGUUCAAGUCGAAGCAUGUAUGAAUUCGAGACCGUUAAGUCAGCUCUCUUCUCACCCAAACGAUAUGCAGCCAUUGACACCUGCGCACUUUUUAAUCGGCGAACCGUUGACGAAUUUGCCGGACAUCGAUUUGACUGAUGCUCCUGUAAAUAGAUUGAAACGAUGGCAAUUGAUUCAGCGGAUCGCACAGCAUUUCUGGAAGCGAUGGAGCGUCGAGUACUUAACUUCAUUGCAGGGCAAAUGCAAAUGGACUAAGGAAAGAAAAAAUUUAGCUAAGGACGAUAUAGUCCUGAUCGUAGAUGAAAAUGCACCGCCCCUGCAAUGGAAAAUGGGAAGGGUCCUCGACCUCCAUCCAGGCACUGACGGAAGAGUUCGGGUUGUUACGGUUAAGACGAGCGGCAAUAUUGUAAAGCGAUCAAUUACAAAAUUAUGUAAAUUGCCCAGUAGUGACGAUUAG